UCGUACAACCCAACCGCAUCCUGGACGAAGAGGAGGGUCUCAUCGGGCAACAGCGAGGGACGGAGUGCUGUACUUAGAUCCAACGGCUUGAAGAACAUUUAGGAGGUUCGACCAGCAUCUCUGUCUUUCUAUCUUUACCACACAAAAGGAAAAGACUGUGAAGAAAGAAGGAAGGAAAGGAGUUGAGUUGGAAGUUGACCACGAACUUUAGUCAGUCAUUCAGAGUAUUGAUGUCAGAGUCCCAAUACGGGAGGCGGUAGAGCCCACUGCCGCCAAGAGAUGUAAGCGAAGGGAACUUAACCUCUUUCUCACUUUCAAAGAACAACUCAUUUCCCAUCGUCAGCUUCCCAAUCCUUCGCCGCCGACCUUGUUCUUCUUUCAUUACUUAAGCUGGCUCUUACGUCUCAUUAGUGUGAUCGUAUUCAGCUUUGCGCUUCUCCCUCCCUCUCUCCCCCGGUGUAGGAAGUUUCUGUUCGAAGCAAUAUAUCCUUUUUCACAAACAAUCCCGUAGUUCUUCCCCUUUCUUUUCUUAUUCUCUUAUAUAUUGUCAUUCCAAAGCAUCACUUUUCUUGUGGUCGGCAUCUACUUCUUUUGCCCUCUUCUUCUCAUUUAUUUUAUUGUUGUUGCCCCAUAAGAUGAGUUCGUCCAUUCCACCAUGGCGUGUGACUGCGUCAGCCACUACCGCUCAGUCAUAUCCCACACACGCGACCCCAUCGUAUAUCCCAGUCCAAGCACGCCGUAGCCUUGCCCAUACAGCUGCCGCGAGUUCCCUUCCAGCUGCAGCGUCGAAGCCGUCGGCUACCGAUACCGCCUCUCGCAAACGAGUAGAAUGGCCAGCCCCUGUUCGCUUAUAUGUACAACGCAGUUUUGCUCCGGAGCACCAGAUGUCCUCGGUCAGCCGAGAGGAGAUGGAGACCAAGUUGAAGGCCAUCAUUACUGAGGCCGCAGAGGGCAACAAGUUGGAUAAUAUCGACUGGGAGACCCUGCCAUUACCCCAGAUCAUGAUCCAGAACGAGCGCAACCGGAUCUUGGCCAGCCCAAGCGUGCCGGCUUGGAGCGCGGUGCCUGCCCACAAAUAUGAGAGCACCUCGGACGCAGUGUCGAGGAAACGGAAGUCGGUUGAGUACAAUGGGGACACGAAUAGCUGUCCACCAUGGAGACAAACUACUAACCAUCACAAUAAAUUUGAAGACCGAGUCACUUAUCCCCCUACAGACAAACGACAGCGGAUAGAUAAUAAGAAUUCAAGUAAGUCCAAAGCUAAUCUGGAACUGCGGAAAAAACGCUUCGAGGAAUCACGGUCCAGAUACGGUUCUUCGCCCUCGUCGCGCGAUGAUUCCCCCUCUGCCAGUGCCAACCAGGGCCCCGUCGUGGGAAGGUGUCAGGAUCUGGAGAAGAAUUAUUUCCGUUUGACGUCAGCGCCAAACCCGGAUACUGUCCGCCCUCUACCAGUCCUGGUAAAGACACUGGACCUGCUGAAGAAAAAGUGGAAGAAAGACAACAACUAUAACUAUAUCUGCGAUCAGUUCAAAUCGUUGCGGCAGGAUUUGACUGUGCAGCACAUUAGGAAUGAGUUUACCGUCAGCGUCUAUGAGAUUCAUGCCCGCAUUGCCCUGGAGAAAGGAGAUCUUGGUGAGUAUAAUCAGUGUCAGACUCAGCUGCGAGCGCUCUACGCACAGCAACUUGGGGGGCACCCUACGGAGUUCAAGGCGUAUCGUAUCCUGUAUUUCAUCCACACCCGCAACUGGACGGCCAUGAACGAUGCCCUGGCCGAUCUAACCGCAGCAGACAAGCGGGACCCUGCUGUCAAACAUGCCUUAGACGUCCGUUCGGCUCUCGCUCUGGGAAACUACCACCGUUUCUUUCAACUUUACCUGGAUACCCCGAAUAUGGGAGCUUACCUCAUGGACAUGUUCGUGGACCGAGAGCGACUGUCUGCGCUCACAGCGAUCUGUAAAGCUUACAAACCCGACGUAAACAUCCGUUUCAUUACUGAAGAACUUGGUUUCGAGUCCGACGAGCAGAGCGCCCACUUCAUCCUGGAUCAUACCUCGGAGGAAUCGCUCCAGGAGAAGGAUGGAGCUGUGAGGCUGCUUACUGGAGCGAAAGCCGUACAGCUUUUCGAGGCUGCCAAGGCUGACGCUCACCGGAUUGUCGAUAUCAAGGGUCAGAUAUAAAGGUUGUGCAUUUGUUUUCCAUGACGGGCAUGUCCGGCACGUCACUCACACCCUCUUUACACUUCCUUCUCACCCGAUUCCCUAUCUCCGGCCUUUUCCACUUCUGGGGUCGUUCCCCCCCUUCCCUUUCUUCCCGUUUUCACUUUUUUUUUUUUUUGCUAUCCGUUCUCAUUCGACCUUUCCCUUUCGGAGCGUGCCUGCGUCUAUUUUACAGCUUCAGGAGAUCUAUACCCAUAUCGACCGCGAAAACGCAUUGGUAGUGUGUGAUUGAGCUUGACUCGGUAGUGUUGUUAUCUUUGGGUCGGACCUGGAAGGAUUGAUGAUAU